AUGCCGGAUGCCAGGUUUAAGUACGCUUAUGUUGGUUUUAAAUGCACUUUUGGAGUGAAUCGUACAAGACCUGGAUUGAAAUUGAAAAACAAGUCGUCUAAAUGUUGCAAUUGCUCGUCUUCAUUUCGCGUGGUUUUGCAUCAUAGUGAAUACAUAAUUGCUUCCCACAAUAUGGUGCAUAACCAUCCAUGCAGCAGGGUGUACAUGCAGAAUGACCCAUGGUAUAGACGACUAACAGUUGAAGAGAAAGAAAAUAUUGAACCACUUCUUCAGCAAUCCCACUCAUCCGAUGAAAUAAUAAUGCAUGUUAAGGAGAAGUACAACAAGGAUAUAACUCGCAUUGACGUUAAAAAUAUGAAAGCCGCAGUGAAUAAAGGUAUUUCGAGUCGUCGUGACAUUUUUGAAUUCCUAAAAUCCCGUGGGAAGUUAAUGGAGUAUUAUUCCGAUGAACCGAUCAGGAAUUCACUAACAAGAAUUUGUUUUGCAACUUAUGAGCAAAUGGAAUUGUAUAAACAGUUCCCUGAAGUUGUUGGUAUUGAUUCGACGUAUAAUACAAAUAAAGGGAAGUAUUCUUUGUUCCAGCUACUUGUGACGGAUAAUUUUGGUCGUGGACGACCAGUUUUAUUUGCGUGGACUAGAAAAGAAUUCAAACGAGAUGUAGUUUGGAUAUUAGACUGUUUCCGGCAAAUAAUGGAAGACACCUCGAAAACAGAAUCCUUCAUUAUGGAUUGUGCGCAAGCUGAAAUAGCAGCCGUCAAGUUAACGCACAGACAAGCGCACAUUGUUUUGUGUUCUUUUCAUGUUUGCCGAGCUUUCUGUCGGAAAACAAGAAAUCCCAUUGUGAAGAACUACUUAUGCCGUCUAGUGCAGUGUAAAAGGAGAUCAGAGUAA